CCUGGUUUCUGUUUUAAACGUGUAUAUGUGUGUAUAUUUCUCUGUUGGGUUUAUUUUUGUGGGUACUUGAUGGUUCGUAGAUUUGGUACCCUCGGGUGGCUUAUACAUUUGUCAUUUUGUAUUUGGUGGUCUUAUUGAUGGGCUUGAUGUUUUUGAAGGGACAGAUUUCUUGAUGUUUCGGAUUAGAUCUGAUUUGUGGAAAUAUUUAGAUACAACGGUUAUUUGUACAUUGGAAUGCUCCCCUAACAGGCUAACACGUAUGUGGGACCCACUAGACCAGAUGUGAGAGGGCAUUACUAAUAACAGUCGAUUCCAAAAAAAAAAUUCUUAGAUGUUUUAUUUGGGGUUCUGAAAAUGGAAGGAUCAUUUGGAAUCACUAGUUGAAGGGCUUGUUUAAUCAAGCAGUCUCUGCUUUGUUAACCUAGUAAUUCAUUUGUUUUUUUUAUUGUCAUAUGUGCAAACCGGAUAGUUGGAAGAUCAGGGAAUAUGGAUUGUGUUCUAUACUACCACAUUGCUGUUGUACAUCUGAUUUCCUUAUGCAUCUGAUCUGUCUCCGUUGGUGUGAUCAUCAUUCCUGGAUACUCGAUUUGGAUUUCCCUUCUUAUCUGAUGAAUACGGCAGUACCUUCAAACUUUUUGCUGAUGCUGAGUAUUAGGAUUUAGGGCCAAUAAACGAGCCAAACUACUAGAGUUCGUGUUCACUCAGUAAUAGCUCAUUCAUGGUCUGUUUGUUACGUAAACGGCCCAAGACUAAAUAAAAAUGGUGAAGAUUUGUUGCAUUGGAGCUGGUUAUGUUGGGGGGCCCACCAUGGCUGUGAUAGCACUAAAGUGCCCGUCAAUUGAAGUGGUAGUUGUUGACAUUUCUGUACCAAGAAUCACUGCUUGGAACAGUGACCACCUCCCCAUUUAUGAGCCAGGCCUCGAUGAAGUGGUGAAGGAAUGCAGAGGGAAGAACCUCUUUUUUAGUACUGAAGUUGAAAAACAUGUUUCAGAAGCAGACAUUGUGUUUGUUUCAGUUAACACUCCAACCAAAACCCAAGGCCUUGGAGCCGGAAAAGCUGCCGAUCUUACAUAUUGGGAGAGUGCUGCCCGUAUGAUUGCAGAAGUGUCAAAAUCUGACAAAAUCGUCGUCGAGAAAUCAACAGUCCCUGUUAAAACUGCCGAGGCAAUAGAAAAGAUACUGACCCACAACAGCAAGGGGAUCAACUUUCAAAUUCUGUCCAACCCAGAAUUCCUUGCAGAAGGAACUGCAAUAGUUGACCUCUUCAAUCCCGAUCGUGUGCUCAUCGGAGGUAGGGAGACCCCAGGAGGUGAGAAGGCAGUCAAAGCAUUGAAAGAUGUAUAUGCAAAUUGGGUUCCCGAAGAAAGGAUUAUUUGCACUAAUCUCUGGUCUGCUGAGCUGUCCAAGCUCGCCGCUAAUGCUUUCUUGGCACAGAGGAUUUCAUCGGUAAACGCCAUGUCAGCUCUCUGUGAGGCAACAGGUGCUGAUGUCUCCGAAGUGGCGCAUGCGGUAGGAAAAGACACGAGAAUCGGGCCAAAGUUUCUAAAUGCUAGUGUUGGUUUUGGUGGUUCUUGUUUCCAGAAGGAUAUACUGAACUUGGUCUAUAUUUGCGAGUGCAAUGGCCUUCCUGAGGUUGCAAACUACUGGAAACAGGUCAUUAAAGUAAACGACUACCAAAAGACCCGUUUUGUGAACAGGGUUGUUGCCUCUAUGUUCAACACUGUCUCAGGCAAGAAAGUAGCCAUUCUGGGAUUUGCAUUCAAGAAGGAUACUGGUGAUACGAGGGAGACCCCAGCCAUUGAUGUGUGUAAAGGGCUUUUGGGGGAUAAAGCCAUGCUGAGCAUAUACGACCCACAAGUUACUGAAGACCAGAUUCAAAGGGAUCUUGCAAUGAACAAGUUUGAUUGGGAUCACCCGUCUCAUCUUCAGCCUGUCAGUCCUACCGCAAUCAAGUCGCUCAGUGUUGUUUGGGAUGCAUAUAAUGCGACCAAAGAUGCUCAUGCUGUUUGUAUUUUGACUGAGUGGGAUGAGUUCAGAUCGCUGGAUUACCAGAGGAUUUAUGAUAAUAUGCAGAAACCUGCGUUUUUGUUUGAUGGUAGGAACGUUGUCGACGCGAAGAAGCUUAGGGAAAUUGGUUUCAUUGUUUACUCCAUCGGUAAGCCAUUGGAUCAGUGGCUUAAGGACAUGCCUGCCAUCGCAUAGAGAACGUGAAUCUAUAUGCUGGAAUGGCUUCUGAGCAGUCACCGUUAGAAUUAGUAAAUGGAUAGUAAAUGGAAAUCGGUUAGUUUAUUAGAACAUCUAGGCAAAACAUUAGCUUAAUGCUUUUAAGUUAUCUUCGUAGACUAUGUAUUCGUUUAUGCGAAUUCUAGAAGGUAAUUCAGUAUGCGCAUUUUAAGGCUGUUCUUUGAUUGUUUAGUUCAAUAAAUUCAGAACUCAAUGAAUUUUAAAAA